AUGGAAGCCGACUGGGAUGAAUUGUCGCGCAUUCCGGUGCCACCGCCGAGUCCGCAUGCGUUGCCUACCGUUGCGACGACAAUCGCGUUUGACGAUGUGAUGGAACUGUUGUGGGUGGGAAAUGAAUAUGGCCGAAUCACUUCCUUUUACGGACCGGAAUUGCAACGGUAUACGUCUGUCCGGGCGCACCCAGUCGCUGAGGGGAUUGUCCGGCAGAUAUUGUUUCAUGAACGGGGCGUGAUAUCGCUGUCUUCGAGGAGCGUGCAUAUGAUUACUCGACGCGGUCUUACACAAUGGCAUGUUGCUCACGAGGAAAUGGUCGAUCUGCGGUGUAUGAGCUUCACGGCGCAGUUGAAUCGGGUUAUUGUAGCUGGAUGCCAGAAGGUGAUGUUCACCAUUGACAUUGACAAAGGGGUCAUCGUCGACAAGCUGCCGACGGAGUAUAACUACACGAUGAUGAAAAAGAGCCGAUAUCUCUGUGCCGCGACGGACACGGGAUCCGUGAAUGCGCUGAGCCUGUCGGAUUUCCGCGUCGUCAAGUCCUGGAAGGCUCACGGCACGGCGGUCAACGACAUGGAUGCCCGGAACGACCUGCUGGUGACCUGUGGAUUUUCGGUGCGACACCUAGGCUCUCCGAUUGUUGAUCCGCUGGCCAACGUCUACGAUUUAAAAACCUUGUCACCACUGCCGCCUAUCCCCUUCCAUGCCGGUGCUGCUUAUGUCCGCAUGCACCCUAAGCUAUCCACGACUAGUUUUGUGGCGUCGCAGACGGGUCAGCUGCAGGUGGUGGACCUAAUGAACCCGAACUCAAUCAAUCUCCGCCAGGCAAAUGUCUCUUUCAUGCUUGGUAUCGAUAUUUCGCCGUCUGGUGAAGCACUGGCCAUCAAUGACGCCGAGUGCAUGGUCCACUUGUGGGGAUCGCCGGCGAAGAUCCAUUUCAACGAGAUGAGCAAGGAAGUCGAGCUCGCAGAUGUCACGCAUCGACCUCCCCCGCUGGACUGGUCGCCGGAUACCCCCCUGAAUAUGAUCGGUAUGCCAUACUACCACGAACGGCUUUUCUCGGCCUGGCCGAGCCACCUUGUGUUUGAGGUUGGGAGCCCGCCGGCUCCCAUCGAUACGGGAUUGAUCCCCUAUCUACGUCCAGCCGAGAUUGGACACUGUGCACCGAACCCCAAAAAGACACGGCGGUACCAGGUCGAGAACACGCGCGCUGUAGCGACCACUGAACCCGCUUUGAUUGCUCCGAAAUUCCUAAGUGAAAAGGCACGGGAGCAAAGCAAGAAGAGUGACGGCUCAGUGGCCGAGGCCGCGGGGGCGCUUGCUGGUGCAAAGCUGAACGGAGAGGCCGAAGACGAUCCUCUCCUGAAAUAUAGUAAUGUCGAGAUUAAAUAUAGCCGGUUUGGCGUGGAUGAUUUUGACUUCCGGUUUUACAACCAAACGAACUUUUCGGGACUGGAAACGCACAUCGCGAACUCUUUUACAAAUGCCCUCCUCCAACUGCUCAAAUUUAUUCCGUUGGUGCGCAAUGUGGCGCUGCACCACGCUGCCAGCUCGUGUGUCUUUGAGAACUGUCUUUUAUGUGAGAUGGGCUAUCUUUUCGAUAUGCUCGAGAAGGCGAACGGCCAGAAUUGCCAGGCGACGAACUUGUUGAAGACUUUCAGCAGUUUCCGCGAGGCCGCGAGCCUGGGGAUCCUGGAGGAAAACCUGACGAAUAAGUCGCUUUCUUCCGCUAUUCAGGCCGUGAACCGGUUUUUCCUUGGCCAGAUUGCGCAUGAUUUCCGAACGAUAAUGCCCAACUCUGAUGACCUCGAACAGCGAUUAGCUACAAUCGCAUCCGAGUCUAUACAAUGCCGCUACUGCGGCAACGAGAUUGUGAGACCUGGGAACUCCCUAGUCAACGAACUCAUCUAUCCAAACAUGGAUAUCAAACACACACGCAGGAACCCAGCUUUCCGUUUCUCCAACAUCUUGCGGGCCAGUAUUGAGCGCGAGACACAGAACAAGGGCUGGUGCAACUACUGUCGGCGGUAUCAGCCGGUGGGAAUCCGGAAAAGCGUCCAUCGAAUGCCUCUGGUCAUGAUGCUCAAUGCCGCAUUGAAUACGCCUAUGGCUCGACGGCUGUGGGCGAUCCCUGGCUGGCUUCCAGACGAAGUCGGAAUUGUCAUUGAUGGUGGUCAAACCCUCUGUUACGAAGGGGAGGACCUGCGCAUGCGCGUCCAAGCUAAUAUGCCGGGUCUGAUCGUUUAUGAACUGGUUGGUGUAGUGACGGAGAUUGAUAUUCCCGAACAUCAAAAACCCCACCUGGUGUCGUUCAUCAACGUUGCUAUCUCCUCCCCCGAGCCCCAGCCCCAGAAUAAGUGGCAUUUGUUUAAUGACUUCCUUGUUACUGAGGUCGACAAGGAUGAGGCUCUGCGGUUUAAUCAGCCAUGGAAGGUACCGUGCGUGCUGGCGUUCCAAGUGAAGGAUGCGCGCCAUGCUAUGGAUGACUCCUGGAAGGACGCCCUCGAUACUACCCUACUCUUCAGGGACUGGUCGCUCAAUGGUGGCCGUCCGGUGGAGUCACGGGUUACGCUGUCCGAGGACGAAAAACCUACACCAGGGACACCCAUGGCGUUGGAUACCGAGUUUGUUGACCUUGAAAAGGCCGAGAUCGAUGUGAAAGCCGAUGGCUCCCAGGAGAUCGUGCGACCGAGCAAGAGCGGCCUCGCCCGUGUCUCUGUCCUCCGUGGCUCGGGAGUUCGUGAAGGAGUCCCAUUUAUCGACGACUAUAUCACCAUCAAGGAACCAAUUGUCGACUAUGUGACCCAGUAUUCCGGUAUCAAGCCCGGCGAUCUGGACCCGAGAACCAGUGAGCACAAUCUGGUCCCGCUCAAGGUGGCGUAUAAGAAGCUGUGGCUGCUUCUGAAUCUUGGUUGCGUGUUUGUCGGACACGGUCUGGCGUCCGACUUCCGUAAAAUCAACAUCCAGGUCCCCAAGAGCCAGACGGUCGAUACCCAGUACCUGUUCUUCCACCCAGGUAAGAGCCGGCGGCUCAGCCUGCGGUAUCUCGCCUGGGCUGUGUUCAAGGAAUAUAUCCAAGAGGAACCUGCGGAUAACAACGAGGGACAUGACUCUAUUGAGGACGCCCGGAUGGCUCUUCGCUUGUGGAAGAAGUUCCUCGAAUACGAGGACGCCGGCAUCGUCUCCCAGAUGUUGGAGGAGAUCUUCCGCGAAGGCUCCAAGCUCGGGUUCCGACCACCGCCUCGCAACGGCACCGCGGCGGUUCUCUCGCGACCCGGCACCGCAGUGACCAUGCAGAAUACCAACAGUGGUCGCAACACACCUACCGUCCCUGAUGCUGCCGGAGCUCCUGCUGUCCCUGCCAGUGCGCCGACUACCCCCGGCCGGGGGUUCCGCCGUGCGGAUGCCUUGACGCCUGGUGAUGGAACUUUUUCGGGUCCUGGUGCUGGCGACUUUUUUGGAGGAAGUCCGCUCAAGUGA